CCGUGGCAGCACACGCGUACCGCAGGGACGUCUCUCAGCAGUGGCCCGCGGCGUCGUCGUCGAUCCGUUCUCGUCCGCCGCACGGAGAACCGCCGCCGCCGCCGCCGCCGCCGCCGCGCGCGCGAUACGAUGACGGCUUACCGGUCGCGGUAACGCACGAACCGGCCUGACCGUCCGGGUUAUUUUUGCGCCCGGUCGGCGAGACCGAACGGAACGCGAUUUACGGGCCGCGGAAAAAUUCGAACGCACCGGAGCGCCGCCGCCGCCGCCGCCGUCUUAUUCACUGGUCCGCACGCGUACCGCGGUUUCCGUGUUCGGUAAAACCGUGGUGCGUCUAGUUACGCGCGACCGCCGACGAAAAACAUUUUCCCUAGACGUUGUCCGCGUGUGACUCGUCGGCGGGGCCAUGUUCAAAACGGUGCGCGCCCAACACGGCACCGGCGAUCUGGCCGCCGAGCUCGAGUACACGAUACUGCCGCAGUCGGACGAUCGUUCGCCGUCGUCGGCGUCCAGCGGCGAGGACGAGCCGUCGUACGUGGACGGCCACCACCAGCACCGGCACCACCUGUUGCAGCACCAGUACCACAACAACCACAACCACCACCACCACCACCAUCAGCAGCAGCAGCAGCAGCAGCAGCAGUACCACCAGCAGCAGCAGCACCAUCACCACCAUCACCACCGGCGGUCGUCGUCGUCGUCGUCGUCGUCGGCCGACGGCGGCGGCGGUGGCGCUCCCGGCACCAGGCGCACCGUCAUAAUCAUCAUAGCCAUGUUGGUGCUCGGCUGCGGCGUCGUGGUGGCCGCCGUGCUGGUGCCCAUACUGUUGGCCACCCGGCUGGUGUCCGCGCCUACGUCGGCGCGGCUGCAGACGUUCGCGGUGGCCGCGUCCGGCGUCAUACACUCGGCCCGCGGCGACUACGUCCAACUGCUGCCGGUCAUGCAAGCGCCGCCCGGCACCGUGCUCGAGUUUCAACAAGAACGGCCACCGCCGCCGCCGCCGCCGCCGUCCACGAACCGACGGAGGAGACGCACCGUGGCCGCGGCCGAGUCGGAAGCGGUCGAGCGGCUGCAACGGCGGCGGCGACCAUUCGCAGACGUGAUUCGUCACCGGAAACCGGCGUCGACCGGCAAACCGGAUCCCAAACGGACGACUUCCGCUCUCGUCGGUGGCGGCGACGCGCAAAGCGAUCGUUCGGCUACGGCGGACCCGGAGGCGAGAACGUCGGUGUGAACGUCAUCGGUAGCCAUGGGAUUUUAAGAUUACUGUUACUGUCGCGCGUACAUUGUUUACAAAACUGAACCGAUUCCCGGACGAGAUCGACGGAUUACGAAAUAUAUCACCCAAAAUAUACACGUGCGCCGAACAUCACUCAUCUGUUCGUGUCGCACGGUGCAUGUUGCAUAAAUUAUUGAAAUAGGUCAUUUAUUUAUAUACAUACGAUAUUAUAUAAUAAUAAUACAUAUAUAC